UAUCGCGGGGGGGAGGGGACAGUUCAGGCUUCGCACGCGUUGAAGGGAAAAGAUACUGCAAAUCGUUUCAGCAAUGGCUUAAAUGAACACCCCGUUUUACUUUAUAGGUUUAUUUUGUAGGGGACUUGGCUUACAUUUUCUUGCUCAACGCUGUGAUAUCCCGGGACGUCUUGAUGAUCCUCUCCCGACGAUCAUGGUGGCGGUCGAGCUCAUCGCGGAAUGUGCCAAAGAUAGAUGUCACCAUGCUCGAGGACACGUCGGCGUGUCCUGUCAAGCCUGCGGUCGAGGCCGGGGCUUCGCGAUCCAUGUUCAUGGUGGUGGUGGUGGUUGAGAUGGCCGUGGGUCGGGGUCGGGGGUUGUAAUCGUCACGAUCGAGAGGCUGGCCUUCUCGUGUUCGUUUGGUACCAGCCAUGGAAAAUCAAGGGAAGGAAGAACACACGUCGAGGGAGCCACAAUUCAAUGUUGGAAGUGACUGUGAAGAGGUCGCUCAUUAUUCAGUUGAAGCAGUGGGGAGUGGAUUGUGCUUCUGCUUAUCGAUAAGACAUCGAUCGCCCUCUCCAGUGUCAUCCAUACUUGAGAUUUUGACCAUGUAUUG